CACAACAAUUUCCACCCACUGAAACUUCGCAGUUCGCAGUUUAUCCCAGGAAUAAAUUUAAACCCGAGUCAAACGGCUUGACGAUUGCACACGUUAAAUAUUGACGUCAGAAAGAUAACAUAUGGCCCACGCAACCCAUACCUCGUACCACAGACAGCCACGUCCUCCUCUUAACCCCCUCAAAAACGGCCACGUGGCAACACUCGUCACCCUAUAUUCAACCCUCAGAUUUCACCCCCCAUCUCUUCUUCCUCUCCUCCACAAAUUAAACUGCUCUCUCUCCUCUCACCCUCUGAAAAGAUUUUCUCCAGAAAUUCACAGUCCACCCACUGAUUUAAGAAACCCUUUUUUUCCAUUAUUCUGAAACUUACUUCUCUUUCUUUAAAGACCCCCCAACGGAAAAAAAAUGUCUGGCGGUGUUGGUCCAACAUACAACGACAUAUCACUCCCCAAAGAGAUUCAAGAACAAGAGCAUGGAGAUGACGACCUUCAAACUACAGUACCCAAAAGAAACGAAACAAGCUCUGGUAAACCUCCACGUAAAAAAGCCGGUUUCCUCACCUUCCGCCAACUCAACUCACUCGCCGUCAUGAUCAUCCUCGCUUCCAGCGGCAUGGUCAGCCUCGAGGACUUUGCCUUCGUCGUCUUCUCCUUCAUCUACAUGUACUUCAUCUCCAUUGUCGCCUUCCCCGAUGCCAGACCGCUACACGAAUCCCGAGUCAUCCCUCACACGAAGAUGUUCCGCUUAUACAUGUUGACAGCCGGCGUAAUCGGGCUUCUUCUUCCUGUGGCGUACAUCUUGCAUGGGAUAUUUGAAGGUGACAAAGAAGGGAUUAAAGCAGCGGCGCCUCAUUUGUUUCUGCUCGCGAGUCAGGUUUUCAUGGAGGGGGUGGCUUUCACCGACAGGUUUUCGCUACCCAUACAGGUAUUUGUGCCUGUGUUUUACAAUUCGAGGCGGAUCUUCACCAUUGCUGAGUGGUUGAGGAGCGAGUUCUCCAAGGUUGGAGAAGAACACGCGGUGUCUGCUAUGAGGGUUAAUGUGGGAAGAGGGCUUGCUGUGGCAAAUAUGGUGCUCUGGUGCUAUAAUCUUUUUGGGUUCUUGUUACCUGUUUUCCUUCCUAGAGCAUUCAAGAAGUAUUACUCUGCUACUAAGGUUAAUUGAAGAAAGGAAGUAGUACAUAGAUGGUUUGUCGUCUCAGUUUUACUUGAACAAUGUAUUUUGAUUCUUCUUCUCCUUCCCUGGCAGAUGGUGGAAAAUCGAUGCUGCUGGUUUAUGUCAUAUUUUAUUACAGCAUAUUCUCUCUCUCUCUCUCAAGCUCUCAUUCUCUCUCUCUCCUCUGCUGUCUGAAACUUGUACUUUCUUGAUCUAAUCAAAUGAAUAUAUUGAGAGGCUAGCUGUUUUACA